CGAGUUGCCUCCUUGCUCAGUUGUAUUCAGAGCAACAUGAUUGUUUCAAUGAGAUCAUUAAAUUUCUGGGCUAUGCUGAUCGGUAUUAUUUACUUUAUUUUCUCUCAGUUUCUCUGAGAGAUGAAGAACAAGUUGAUGAAAUUUUAAAUCGUUUCGGAAUGGAAUUGAUGAAGAGCAGAAUGGAAAUUUAUAGGAGAGUAGUAAAUUGUAUUGAAGGAAUGAUUUUAGAGGAAGGAUCAAAGUCUAAUUGGAUUGUAGAUGUAAAUCAAUACAGAAAGUUAUUGCAAUUAUAUAGGAAUUUACCGAAAUUUGAAGAAUUGAAAGAGAAUAGUUUGGAAGAGAACAAGACUUUUAUCAUUUACCAAUUAGAAUUGUUAGGGCUGAGAUUAAACUCUGUCAAGACAAUAUUUCACAUCUUUAGAGAAAUGAUUAAUUUUGAAAGAGAAUUAUUAGAAAGUUCUCUACCAAAAUAUGAUGGUAAAUCACCUUAUGUUGUCUUGGGACGAGCGGGUAGUUCAAUAUCAACACCUUUACGGCUGAAUAUUGGAAUUGUAGGGCUUCCUAAAAGUGGAAAAUCAAGUUUACUCUGUACUUAUUGUACUAAUUUCUUCGCAGAAGAGGGUAUGAUGGAAAAGGAGUCAUUGUUUGAAGCAAAUAUUAUGAUUGAUGGAUGUAUGAUAAUGUGCACAAUGCAGUGCAUGUCUCUAUCAAAUGAGAAGAUUGUUCAAGAAGUUAUCAAGCAACCUUUCAAUGUUGUGGCUUUUACUUGUAAAUGUACAGAACUGAAUAAUUUUGUGAAUGAUGAACAAUUAUUUGAGAAACGUAUUCUUCAGAAUUUGAGAAAACUUGCCAUGACUUUUCCCCUUAUUCCAAUUCAUAUUAUAAUAACAGGAAAGGAUUUGGAUACCUUUUCACUAGUAGGACAACAUACUCUGGAAAGAAAACUUCAUAGCUUUCCACAUCUCGUAAAAAUAGGUUACUGUUCAAGCUUAACACAAGAGGGGCUCAAAUCAGUCUUUGAUGAAGUUUACAGAUCUGCCAUGGCUUUCAGAUUUCACACUAGUUUUGCCUCAAAAAAACAGAAUUGUUCUUUGCAAUAGGAUCGGAGACGCCUUGGCUUUGGCUAAUUUUUGACUUGUACGACCUUGGACAUCCAUACUGAUAUGACAUGAUUGGUACUUUGGAAAAAAACAGGUAUCUUCAACGAAAAUUUGAAGAAGAGACGACCUUUCUCUACCAAACACACACUUUCAAAAUAAAAUCAGGAAAAGUG